AUGUUACCAAUAAUAAGCACAAGAGGGCAGCAAAAGGCAGCACUGACGGUGAGACUACUGGAAAUACAUAGCGCGAUAAAGUGCGUUGUUUACGCCUACGUUGGGUUCAAGAUGGCUGCUGGGGACAACAGCGGCAGGCCUCCCUGCCUUAAUUUCUCCGGUCCGGGUCCUUUGGGAAACAGCCAGCCCAGCAAUAGCGUUUUCUCCAUGCCAGCAACCAACGGCGGAGCAGCCGGGGCGGCCGGGGGAGCACAGGGAGCAGCAAGGCGUCCCAACCCCCAGCUGGGGCCUGGCGGGGGUGACAGCAACGGAGUUUCAGCCGGAGCUCCGCCGACUGCGCAGAACUCCCUGCAGCAGUCCGCUGCGGCAGGUGCUGCGGCAGCCGGAUCCAUGUCCACCCCGGCGUCCAAUAUGGCAUCCACCGCAGCGUCCAAUGCACCCCAGGCGUCGGCACCGAGCGCCACUCCGGCUGCUGCGUCGGUGCUAGUGUACCGUGAGCCGGUGUACAACUGGCAGGCGACGAAGAGCACCGUGAAGGAGAGGUUCGCUUUCCUCUUCAACAACGAGGUGCUCAGUGACGUUCAUUUUUUGGUGGGCAAAGGAAUGGGGGUUCAGAGGAUACCUGCGCACAGGUUCGUCCUGGCUGUGGGGAGCGCUGUGUUUGAUGCCAUGUUUAACGGAGGGAUGGCGACGACCUCAACGGAGAUCGAGCUUCCUGAUGUGGAACCAGCUGCUUUUCUGGCCCUCCUGAAGUUUCUCUACUCUGAUGAGGUCCAGAUCGGUCCAGAGACUGUGAUGACCACACUAUACACAGCCAAGAAGUAUGCCGUCCCAGCCCUGGAGGCUCACUGUGUUGAGUUUCUGAAGAAGAACCUGAGAGCAGACAAUGCUUUCAUGCUGCUCACACAGGCCCGGUUGUUCGAUGAACCGCAGCUUGCAAGCCUCUGUCUAGAAAACAUUGACAAGAACACUGGAGAUGCUCUCGCUGCUGAAGGCUUUACAGACAUUGAUUUGGACACACUGGUGGCGGUGUUAGAGAGGGAUACUCUUGGGGUGAGGGAGGUGCGUUUGUUCGGUGCGUCAGUGCGUUGGGCAGAUGCAGAAACUCACAGGCAGCAGCUCCAGCCCACGCCUGAGAACAAGCGCAAGGUCCUGGGCAAAGCUCUCACACUCAUCCGCUUCCCUCUAAUGACCAUUGAGGAGUUUGCAGCAGGUCCAGCACAGUCCAAUAUACUGACUGACAGAGAGGUGGUGAGUCUCUUCCUCCACUUCACAGUCAACCCAAAGCCUCGUGUAGAUUUCAUUGACCGGCCUCGCUGCUGCCUCCGCGGGAAGGAGUGCAGCAUCACACGCUUUGGACAGGUGGAGAGCCGCUGGGGUUACAGUGGGACAAGCGACCGCAUUCGGUUUUCUGUAAACAGAAGGAUAUUCGUGGUUGGGUUCGGUCUCUAUGGAUCUAUACAUGGACCCACAGACUACCAAGUUAACAUACAGAUCAUUCACACAGACAGCAACACAGUGCUAGGCCAGAAUGAUACAGGCUUCAGCUGUGAUGGGUCAGCCAAUACCUUCAGAGUCAUGUUCAAAGAACCAGUGGAGAUAUUACCCAACGUCAACUACACUGCCUGCGCUACACUGAAGGGCCCGGACUCUCAUUACGGGACGAAGGGAAUGCGAAAGGUGACACAUGAGUCGUCAUCCACGGGCACAAAGACGUGUUUCACCUUCUGCUAUGCGGCAGGCAACAACAACGGCACUUCGGUAGAGGACGGACAGAUCCCUGAGGUGAUCUUCUACACAUAGUCGCCCCUCACGUACCAGCAAUCUUCCAUCAAAUGUGACGAGAGCCUGACACCAGCGCGGGGCCACACCUCAGCAGCCGUACUGGGGAUUCAAACUCUCAAACAUCAUACUGCUCCCUCCAUGUAGUGAACUACUGUUGACCACAAGUGAGGUCAAGUAGCAUUUAAGCAAUGUAGGUCACUACACGGGGCGUAGCUCAUCAUUUGAGAUGCUGUCUCUCUCUGCCUGCUGGCUUCCUUCAUCCCUUUGUGUCGAAUAAUGCCAGCCUCUGAGUCAAACAUGACUGUGACUCCACAGGGGAAGGAGAGAAGGAGGGAGGAGCUUCUCAGAUAAUUCACAGUAUCGAUGUCAUUGCUGUGGGUCGCAGCAUAAAAAACUUGACACUGAAUUCUCCAUGAGCUGUACAUUUCCCCUUCCUUUACUCCACAGCAUUAGUGCAAAAGAGAGCUGCAACUGUAAGAAUAUACAGAUUAUCAGAUUUGCCAAGACAAGAUCCUCAUCACCGUUCAGUGGAGACCAGCAUUUCACUCUAUUUGUUGUCAGCUGUAAGUUCCAUAGACUCAUAGGCUUUAUGAACUCAUGGCAAACUUGAACCAUUCAUUUUAAGCUAAACACCAUGAUUAUGGUAAGAAGUUUUCGGGUUUCUACAUACAGUACAAUCUGUGAUAUCUCGUGUCCUUGCUUGGUAGUUGCCUAUACUCAAGAUACCUUGCACUUCUCGGCCUUGCAUAUGUUCAUUUGGUUGUUCUAUGGAUGCACACUAACUCUGCAGAUAUGUUUCUUUUAAGCUUUGUUUUAAAAAGUGUGGGCAGAGGAGAUUUCCCUCUUGGUGCGAAAGUUAAAGGGUUGUACAUUUAAAGUGGCAUUUAUUAACAUUAUAUAUGUAACUUGAAAAUAACUAUCAAUUAAAGAGUGAGGAAAAAGAA